AUGUUGUCGCGUCUCGGCCUCAGAGCACACACCCUCGUCAAACCAGCAACAACAACACAGCUCAUCCGCUCGAUAAAGACAAUUCCCCAACCACCAGGAUUCAUCGUGGGAACUGUGAACGACGCCUACGUUCCACCCAAACCACACAAGCUCGAAGGCUCGCUCCACUGGACCGCCGAGAGGUUAGUCAGUAUCGGAUUGGUGCCACUUACAUUGGCGCCGCUUUUCACUGGCGCCCUGACUUUGGUUGACUCGACUUUGAGUGCGCUUUUGCUCUAUCACUGUUACGCUGGGUUCCAAUCUUGCAUCAUUGACUACAUACCCAAGAGAGUCUAUGGUGCGUACCAUAACUAUGCUAUGUAUUUGUUGACUUUGGGCACUGCUGUGGCUGGGUACGGCGUUUAUGAGAUUGAGAAGAAGGAAGGUGGCUUGUGUCAUAUCGUUGGUAAAGUCUGGGCUGCUUGA